AUGGCCGACCUUCAUACCCGUCAAUACUCCCACAUCGGAGGUACCCCUGCCGAACUCCUUGAUCGUCUCGCCGUCUCCGAGCUCUGCAAGGGCUGGCCCGUCUACCGCGACGCCGGCGAGUGGGCCAACUACCGCUCCCUGUUCACCACGAAUGCUUAUGUCUGGACGACCUGGAGCGGCGCGCAGCCCAUCGACGACUUCAUCCGCAUCUCCAUCGAGGGCACCAAGACAGGCGCAUUCAUCCUGCAUCGCGAAUGCGGCACCCUUGUCGAGCUGAACCCUGAGACCAAUCGUGCUGUCGGAAAGAUGAAGGCUACCAUCACUCAGCGAUUCAAGCACCCCGACGGCUUCGAAUACGAUGUCGACUGCGACUGCCGCUUCAUCUUCUUCUGCGAGAAAGAGGUGGACAGCUUUGGAGAUGGUGGUGGAAGGAGGGAUUGGAAAGCGGCUUUUAUUAAGCUCGUCUACGAAAAGGACAAGGUCGUCCCCGUGGACGGGACAUUGGUCCCUGCCUUCAAGGAGGAGGAGUUGGCCAGGUAUCCCACAGGGUACAAGUACCUCGGGGCCGCGCAGAGUACUCUAGGGUACGAGAUCGACAUCAAGCUCGUCACGGGGCAGGACCUGGGCUCUUGCGAAAAGAUGUACCGGAGUAUGGAGAGUUGGCUGGCGGGAGAGCGAGGGACGAAUGGCCUGUUUGACUGA